ACAAUUCACCUGGAGGUAGCUUGUGCCUACGGCUGCUUGCGGGACUGCUGCUGGAGCUCCAGCAGCCCCUGGGAUGUCCAGGAGUCUAGCAUGAGGCUCCGGGUGGAACAGGAGGACCAAACUCGCUGGCGGUGAAACUGCAUACACAGGAAAGGCUUGUGAGGGCAAAUGGACCCCAUGGAACUGAGAAACGUCAACAUCGAACCUGACGAGGACAGCUGCAGCGGGGACAGUAUUCAAGAUAGCUACACCGGGAUGGAAAACUCCGAAAAGGAAACCGUGAGCAGUCAAUUUGCUAAUGAAGAUGCCGAAAGUCAGAAGUUCCUGACAAAUGGGGUUUCGGGGACGUCGAAGCUGGUCGAUUACGCGGAUGAGCAUCACCCCGGAAUGACUUCCUUUGGAAUGUCCUCAUUUAACCUGAGCAACGCCAUCAUGGGCAGUGGGAUCUUGGGCUUGUCCUAUGCCAUGGCCAACACGGGGAUCAUUCUUUUUGUCAUCAUGCUGCUUACCGUGGCAAUUCUAUCGCUCUACUCGGUUCACCUUCUACUGAAGACAGCCAAGGAAGGAGGGUCUUUGAUCUAUGAAAAGUUGGGAGAGAAGGCAUUUGGAUGGCCUGGGAAAAUUGGAGCCUUUAUCUCUAUUACAAUGCAGAACAUUGGAGCCAUGUCAAGCUACCUCUUCAUCAUUAAGUACGAGCUGCCUGAAGUAAUCAGAGCGUUCAUGGGACUUGAAGAAAAUACUGGGGAAUGGUACCUCAAUGGCAACUACCUCGUCCUGUUUGUGUCCGUGGGGAUUAUCCUUCCGCUCUCUCUCCUUAAAAACUUAGGCUACCUUGGUUACACCAGCGGAUUUUCCCUCACAUGCAUGGUGUUUUUCGUCAGUGUGGUGAUUUACAAAAAAUUCCAAAUACCCUGCCCCCUGCCUGUUCUGGAUCACAACAAUGGGAAUCUGACAUUCAAUGACACACUUCCGAUGCACGUGAUCACGCUACCCAAUAACUCGGAGAGCACGGGUGUGAACUUCAUGAUGGACUACACUCCCCACAACCCUGCAGGGCUGGAUGAGAAGCAGACCGCAGGCCCUCUUCACAACAACGGCGUGGAGUACGAAGCCCACAGCGGUGACAAAUGUCAACCCAAGUACUUUGUGUUCAAUUCCCGGACGGCCUAUGCGAUUCCAAUCCUAGCGUUUGCUUUCGUCUGCCACCCUGAGGUCCUUCCCAUCUACAGCGAGCUUAAAGAUCGAUCCCGCAGAAAGAUGCAGACGGUGUCCAAUAUUUCCAUCACAGGAAUGCUCGUCAUGUACCUUCUCGCUGCCCUCUUCGGCUAUCUAAGCUUCUACGGGGAAGUUGAAGACGAGUUACUCCAUGCUUACAGCAAAGUCUACACAUUUGAUACCGCUCUUCUCAUGGUCCGUCUGGCAGUCCUGGUGGCAGUGACACUGACUGUGCCCAUCGUCCUGUUUCCGAUCCGUACUUCCGUGAUCACACUGCUGUUUCCGGGAAAACCCUUCAGCUGGGUGAAGCAUUUCGGAAUCGCUGCCAUCAUCAUCGCACUCAACAACGUGCUGGUCAUCCUCGUGCCUACCAUCAAAUACAUCUUUGGAUUCAUAGGGGCUUCUUCUGCAACUAUGCUGAUUUUCAUUCUUCCGGCAGCUUUUUAUCUCAAGCUUGUCAAGAAAGAACCCCUUAGAUCACCCCAAAAGAUUGGGGCUUUGGUCUUCCUUGUGACUGGAAUUAUCUUCAUGAUGGGAAGCAUGGCACUCAUUAUAAUCGACUGGAUUUACAACCCCCCAAAUCCCAACCAUCACUAAUCCCGGGGAGGCGCUCUUCAAUCGGAGACAGCUGAAAUUAUGCUCCUGACGGACAUUUUAGUUGUCUUGAUUGGGAUGGUUAGAGGGAUUAACAAGAUUCCCAAGGCGUUUUUCUAGCUCUCUUAUCUGAUACUUGUGGAAGAGAAAAUUGUGGGGUUUUGUCGGGAAUGGUUUUGUCGGGAAUGGUGAAGGGUGCAUUAAAAAUUCUGUAGCACACAUUUUAACCCAGGCCGUCCAGUGCAGUGUGUGUGAUGCCCGAGUUGUGUUUGCAGCUGUGCAAGCUGAAUCCUGUUGGCUGCGUGUCUUGGUCAGCAGACAAUAGCCUGUCCCCCGUGCUCACCCACAUCUCAUCACCCCACAUUAACAAAUGAUUCUAUUCUCAGAACAGCAGACAAAAGUCUCCCGGUUGGCGAAGCUAUCAUCACUUACGGCCAUCUCCAAUUCUACACCAACACUAAGGGUCGGUUGACUGGCUGAGGCAGGGGCAUGUCUUGGGAGCUGUCCCUAUGAGGUUCAUGAACAGCAGAUACCGGUAGAGUGUACCUCGUUUCAAUUCUUAAGGAGUAGUUUGCCCAACUUGCUCAUUAUAUUGAAUUAGUGACUUUUUCAUUCAAUUUUUUUUUAUAUGGCAAAUGUUCAAACAUCUCACUAAACGUAGAGGGGGGGCGUUAUUUAGUUAUCAAGAAAUAACUACCAAAACAAAAAUAAUGCUUUUUUAACAUCUGGCUUUUCAUGAUGUUCCUGAUAUCUUUGUCCCAUUUUGUCCUUGAACAAGGCUUCCCCUCUCGUCUUCCGUUCUCACUCGUAAUUUUCAGAAGGCCACAGUCCGUGUGGAGACACACUACCCAGUAUUGUUUGAUACGUUUCUAUUUGACAAGCAUUCAGUGCAGGAAGCUGUGAUUUUGCUAUAUGUUUGUGUACAUAAUCUCAUGCUAUAGUUAUCAGGGCGUUGACAUAUGGUACAUUGGAUUUUUAUUUUUUACAUAUGUAGUUUUCUUUCUUCACAGACAAAACAUUUAUAUGACCGGGGUGGGACAGGGAAUUAAGCAGAUGGGCUCAGAAAUUUCCAUGUGUACGUAUCUGUCCGUUGAAGACAUCUAAACCUUAAAAUCAAAACUGCACAUAGUUCGGUAAUGCUCCUCACUGUUUGCAGUACUCUAGUCAUCCACAACGAAGUAGCGAAGUAGCGAAGAAAGGGGCUCCGCGUUUGCAAAUAACUUUCAGUGCUGACAACGGUCUUCGAGUUUGACAUGUCUAGAAGAGGGUUCCGUUCAUUUUAGAGUACAUAGGAGUUUGGCGAUGUCCAUCUGCCAGUAAUAGAACAUCCAGUGGUUAGGAACAAAUGCACCAACGUGACCCCAAAACACCGACUGCCAAUCUUGCUCGCAUCCACGGAUGCUCACACGGGUUGGAGUUCAGUUUUCACUCGCUGCCUAGAAUCUCUGGCACUGAUUUUCUUUUUCAGUUAGUAGUUGUGUACUUUACAUUUUGAUAAAAAAGCCAAGUCUGAAAUACAACCAUCAUACAGGGUAGUGAUAAUUCUGUCACACUCAAACAGUUUUUCUGCAGUGUGCCUAAGAAACACAUAUUGGUUUAAUGUGUCAUUUUCUAGAGUUUGAGGUUAUAAAAUGGCGCGCUUUGUGACAGAAAUUGGACGUUACUAGAAACUAUCAUAACUCCCAAGUUACUACCAUUUGGGAGGGGAAAAAAAUCACCAAAUAGGAUCUUUAAGAUGUCUUCCUAUUUUCAUUCAUCCAAGAAAUGAACCAAGAUAGAAGGCGGAAAAGAUGUGCUGCAAAUAUUAAAUGUUUCAUCUGAACAUGUCACAUGUAAAUAUAAAAGAUUAAUCCAAAAAAUAUUGGAAACCUGUAAAAUCUGUAUGUAUUUCAAAUACCUUACAUUUAGAACGACUAACUUGGAAGCAUCCACUUGUGUAGUUAGAUAUUCAAGAGCAAUAUCACAGUGCCAAAGACUUCACACGGUAGCGCUCAUUUGCGUGGCCGUUUUCAGGAUUAGAGUUCACACAGGCUGCAGGGCAGAUACACAGAGUACCUUUUUUUUCCCUGGUAAAUUUAACCCAUUUGUAAACAGAUACAAAUUUUAUUUUCUUACAUCAUUUAUAAGAUGGUUCCAUGUAUUGGGAGGAUUUUUUUUUAUUACAGAAUGUAUAUUGGUAUAUAAUAAAUAAACUUUUCAAAUGA